GGAACAAAUGUAGAACCGGUAAAUCGGAGUGGGGCGGUGAGACCGACAGAUAAACAUUAUACGUGCGUUAGACUUCCACGUUUCGUUAGUUCAAAGCAGGAGCGAUCGGCGUCGAGUCACAAACUUGACGCCUUUCGGAAGAAGAAACUGCGUUUCAAGCACGAGGAACCGUGACGCACGCUUCAUUUUCCCGGAGCAAACGCAGCAUCUUCUAAGAAAAAAGAAUCAUGCUCAAGAGUCAUUAACACAAGAGAGAAUCGCUGAUAAUUGACAUUUUCGUUUGAACAUCGAGAACUAAAAAAAAAAGUCAUGGAUCUCGUUUACAUACCCGAGGUGUUUACUUAUGGGUAUUCGAGACAUCCGCAGUACCGCGACUACGAGCAACCGUGGAACAAGGACUACUUCAAAUGCACCAGCACCAGAAAAUCAGUGGGAAGUCAACGAACCACGCAGCAACAAUCCAAAGAAAGUUGCCACUUAUGCAAAGAGAUGAAAAGGAGAAAUUUAGCGGUUUACAUAAGAAGUAAAUCACGAAGUGAUUCCUGUCACGAGGGGAUCCAUGAAGAAGAAGAGGAAAACGAUACAAUGAACAAUGAGAAAAAAGUCGCAAAUGCAAAUCAAAGUAAAUCAGCUAAAUCAUUAUAUAAUACAUAAAAAACAGAAAUCAUAAUUCUUGAGUAUUAUAUAAGGCAAGAGCAAUAAUAUUAAUCUUAAGCAUAAUAUGCAGAUGUAAAUACGCGUGCAUAAUGACUUCAAGUUACUUUAAUUAAUUUUAACAAUAUUAAUCUUGCGUUUACAACUAUUACAAAUCUACCUGUUUUUAAAGACAUGUUUAUAUAAUGCGAUAUGAAAAAAAAUAGUUAAAAAUAUUUUUUUUACAUAUUUUACAAGCAUUC